CGACGCAUUAAGAAAAAUAUUAAACACCUUUCUCCGAUUUUCCACAAGCAUUUGGAAACAGUAAGAAAUCUUGAGCCACUUGAAGGAAAUUCCGGAUUCAGUAAUUGCUUAUUCAGUCCUUAAAAGAGUUAAUCUAAACUAGGCUAAUACUAUUAAAUCGAAACUCGAAACCAUUAUCCUAUCAUUUGGCCGUGUACCAAAUUUCUAUCUGCUCAAGAGAUAAUGGCUCCUUUUAAACUCAAAUUUCGCAUGGGUUCGUCUCGUAGCACAUCCCAGGAGCAGGAUAUUAUUGUAGACAGUCAGGCCAAUCAGAUUACUCCAAACUAUCUGAACAGUAAUACCCUAGGCACCACAAGUUUUGGUAGCAACACUACCCUAGAUUCCGAGCAGAAUGAUAGCUUAGUUUCGAUGUGCAAUGAUCAACGGGCCCUAAUUCGGGAUCAGGACUCACCCGAUGAGCAUAUAGGGUACGUAAAUCCAUCGCUGAUACACACGGAAAAUAAUACAGUACCACUCAGCCCACCGCCAUCCUACGAACAUGUUCUAGAAGAGAACCGCCUCGCAGCGUUGGAUAAGGAGAACAACAAAACAUCGAGUCUAAGUCUAUCACUAUCAAAUUGCGAGAUGCUUGGAAGCAAUCAACAGUUAAACAUCAACGCCCCUGGGUUAGAAAAGCAGCAACAGCUUACUGAUCAACAGAAUCAACCGCAAGGAACUCCAAAUGCAACGAGCAAACAAGAAAGCAUCGAUUCAUCCCUUUAUUCCUGCAGUUCAACCACGUCACCCUCACAAGAGAAUCAUCUAGGAUGUACUGGUUCAUGCGAUCCCUUGUAUAGCAUUGUUAAUCAACAACAGAUGGAGCAGCUUGCUGAAGAAAUGGAAGAGAUGCACAUUGAAGAAACCUGCCUAUCAACAGACAACCUAGAUAAUGAUUCAUAUGCGGAUGAGUGUCAAUCUUUCAACUCACAAGCCUAUGAGGGAUCGUCCACCGCAUCGAUGAUAGUGCAACAGGAAGUCAAAGGACCGGAAAUACUGUAUAAAUCUAGUAAACAACUAUAUAAGGCCGUCGCUAAGGAAUGUGGCAUUACAUGUAAAAUGUCAGACCAAUGUCGAUGUUUGGAUUGUCAAAGUCGCUAUUUUGACUGCGAAUAUGAUCAGAACGAAAACGAAAAAACUGAUGGAGGUUUGGGAGCUGGUACGCCAAUGUUUAUCAGCGAGGUUAUGCAUGGCACUGCUUGCACUAUACUUUAA